CCCUGGAGUAAAUAUAUGUUAUUACUAAGAUGUUUCUUACUUAGGAAUGCUUAUCGUGAGUUGGUAAACAUGCCAUGAUUCAAUGUCAAACAAGAAAGAAUUGUUUCUGCAAAUCCUAUCACAAGACAAAAUCAACCAAGCUGAAUUCGAAAAAGCUUGUUUCCAAGGAGUUCCUGAUGGAAGUGGACUGAGAAGUACCUGCUGGAAAAUCCUGUUAAAUUACCUUCCAUUCUGCACGUCAGAUUGGGAUGAUGUGCUGACAAAGCAAAGAAAUGCAUACAAUCAGUUCAUCCGAACUAUGAUUGUGGACCCAAAUCAAAGCCAGGACAUAUCUGACCACCCAUUGUCAACUUCUACCAACUCUACCUGGUCGGAGUAUUUCAAGGAAAAUGAGGUGCUCUCUCAGAUUGACAAAGAUGUUCGCAGACUUUGCCCAGACCUUAGCUUCUUUCAACAGCCUACCAAGUUUCCUGCAUCCUUUUGCAGCCAAAGCCUUAGGACUAGAGUAGAGCAGGCCAAUUUGCAAGCUAUGCAAGUAACUCAAUCUAAAGCUGGAGGAUCUCAGUUGAUAAAACCGAAAAAGAAGUACAGUGACGAUGAUUGCUACCAAAUACUUCCUCAAGGCCAGGAAGCUCAUUGGGAGGUUUGUGAGCGGAUACUCCAUAUCUUUGCUCUCCUUAAUCCAGGCAUAGCAUAUGUGCAAGGUAUGAACGAAAUAUUGGGUCCAAUCUACUAUACCUUUGUAACUGAUAGCAAGGAGUCGGAAGUUCAACAUGCUGAGGCUGAUGCGUUCUUCUGUUUCACUGGACUCAUGUCAGAGAUCAAAGAUAACUUUAUAAAGAUCCUGGAUAACAGUCAGUGUGGUAUAACCCACAAUAUGGAUAGUUUAAUGACAAUGCUCUAUCAAAACGACCCUCAACUGCACGAUGCAAUUACAGAAAGAGGUAUCAAGCCACAGUUCUUUUCAUUUCGUUGGUUGACUCUGCUAUUGUCCCAAGAAUUCCUUUAUCCUGAAAUACAAAGAUUGUGGGACUCCUUCUUUGCUGACUCAGAUAGGUUUAAGUUUCUCCUUUACUUCUGUUGUGCUAUGUUGGUGGCACAAAGAACUCGCCUUAUAAACGGAGAUUUCAUUGAUAAUAUGAAGGUGCUGCAGAGAUACCCAAUAGAAACAGACAUUUACCAGCUCCUGCAACUAGCAUGCCAGAUAAAGGACGGAAAACUGAUCUUACACACUGUGCCUACUAAAGAGAACCCUGUUGUUCCCAACAACUCCUCUUCUGGUAGAAGUGGUAUUCUUGGGAGCUUGUUUUCUAGGGCCAAAAACAGAUGAUAUUAUUUAAUAUUAAUAUGGUGAAAUAGUGUAGGAUACUAUGAAAUUGUAUCGAGACUGACAAUUGUCUUAGCACAUUUGAUUUCAGCUCUUUUGUUUAUUAUUUAGGCGUAUCUUUUGGAAAGCGAAUUAUUCAGCGUCGUUUUAUAUUGAUUUAAGCAAGAACUUAGUCUUUAUCGUAGGGUAAAUUGUUUGUUGAUGCACAAGAGACAGUCAUGUAUAUGUAACUUAAAUCCUAAUGAACGUUUAUUUCUGUUGUAUUUGAUUAAAUGUUAUGAUUUUGAGUACAAGUAUUUUUAAACAGAAAAUGUCAUUUUUUAGAUAGUCCGAUGUCGAAAUCUUAGAAAUCUAUCAGAAGAUUGAAGAUUUGGAAAUUAAAUUAGAAAAUGUUUUGCUGUUUUUAUGAUUUUAUCGUGCGGUUUCGAAAGAAGAUUGAAACUUUUUAGGAUAAGCUCUUACAGCUAAUUAAUGUUCAAACAAUUUAAUUAACACCAUUUUCACUGUCUGAAAUGAUAAAGUAAUGGUCUGUUAUUACAGUAUUAUUGUAGUUAAAUGUAUCUUUCAAUUUGUCUUUGAUUUAAUGUAUCAAAUUAAUGUAUUUUUAAUAGAUGAUCACUUUUAGUAGGAUCUGUAUUGGGUUUUAUAUAAACACACAAGCUCACAAAACUAGAACGUUAUUUUCAUUGUUAAUACGUUCCAUGUAUCCUGAACAGUGUAUUGAUUGAUGUAUUUUAUAUGGAGUUUCAAAGAUUAAUAUUAAAUAUUCUUUAUACAAGCAUUCGAAUUUGUCAUUACUU